AUGAGACCCAGUGAGAAAGCGGCAAAGAGGCUUAUAGCGGGGGCUGGGCGGUGCCGCCGCCGCCGCCCCGCCCGCUGUCAGCGCCGCCGCCAAUCGCCGCGGCCCGCCCGGCCCCGCCGCCGCGGGUGGGCCCGAGUGCCGCCCGGCCCGGCCCGGCCCGGCCCGGCCCUGCCCUGCCCGGCCCUGCCCUGCCCGGCCCGGCCCGGCCCGGCCCGGCCGGGUGGGCUCCGCGGGCUCCGGGCCGCAACUUGUGCUCGCCCUGGGAGCGCCGGGGGUCCUGCCCGGCAGGCGAGACUGGCCGGGGCGGUGCGGGGACGGGGCUGCGCGCCGAGCUCUGGAGCCCGUGGAGAAAGGCGGCGGGCGCGGAGGAUCGCCCCGGGUGGCGUUGCUUGCGAGCAGGCGGUGUCUCCGGGGAGAAAGGCGAAAGCGCUCGGUCACCACGGUGUGACCAUCAUCGGGAAACAGCAUUUUCCGACGGGAAUGGGAAAGUUUGGUGGUGGUCCCAGAUACUGAGGAGACUGCUUAAACCUGUGGAAUGAUACAUGUGUUCUUUUACAUAGCAGGACUUUAU